AUGGAGAGCCGCCAGCAACUUCAUACUCCCCCUCCGGAAUCCGAUGAACACGGGUCCAAAGUAACGGGUAUCGAAGAGACGUCGGUCGAGCCGCCGAAACCAGCUGAACAGAAACAAACGCCCAACCUCAAGCGACCGGCAGAGGACGACGAUGACGCCGAAACGAAGACGCCCGCAAAGGUAGCGAGGAAAGGCCAAACCACCCGUGAACCGAGAACACCCAAGAAAGCAGCACAGUCCGAAGAAGCGCUUGCAAAGAAGCUUGAGUCCGCCAAGAAGAAAGCCGAAGAAGCUGCAGUCAAAGCCGCAAACGCUGCGAAGAGAAAAGAAGCUGCCGAAGCGAAGAAAGCCGAGAAAGAGCGAAAGAACGUGAACAGUUACAACCAGAUGCCCCAGCGCCAAUACAAAUGGGAUGAUUGCGGAAAGCUGGCCUUUCGGAAAGAAGCUAUGCUCGCUGGUAUAUCGCAGGAGAAUGAGGAGGAAUUCUUCGCCAAAGGGAAGAAGCUGUUUGCCGAUAAAAACGCCAGAGG